CUAUUGUCUAUUGUAUUCUGGAAAUUUUAUCAAGGUUACCUUUUGACAGGUGACAUUUCAAAACAGAUCAACCUAACAUAAAACAAUCAUUUCACUUAUAAAAACAUCUCGGGUCGAGAAAAACUACAAUUUGCUUGAUCAAGCUAUAGCGAGCUUCUAAAUGUAUGGAUUCUUGUAAGGAGAAGGGUGUGGAGUAGAGAUGGGACUGUCCGGUGAGUGGUUUUUAAACUUUGCCCCUUGGGGUUAACACAAUACGCGUGAACAAACAAUUGGCAAUUGCAUUAAUGACUCCUCGUCAGUCAGCGACGGCCAAAUAUCGUUUUACAGUCAGGAUCCUUUUUUCCGUGAUCCGUUAUCAGGCCAUCAAUUGAAGCUGCAGCCACUGAAUGCGCAACGCGAUGAGAAAGUUCCUGCUUUUCCUCCUGAUUUUGCUGACGAAAGGGAUUUCUUCUCAUGCAGCUGCAAUCCCCUCGUUGGCGCCGGGAGACAAGGCACCCCCGUUCACGCUGCAAACCCAUUCAGGGACGCUUUCCUAUGACAAGGGAAUGAUCAACGGGGACGAGGGCUCCCCCGUCAUCAUGGUCGUCUUCUCCAACGAUUCGUACUUUUUAGAGAGCUUGUUCGCAAGCCCCCAACAGCUCUUCGUUGACCUCUUCGAGUUGUCCCCGGACAAUGCGCACUAUGUUUUUCUCUUUAAAGAUGUGAAAAAUGCCUUCUCCGGGGCAAGCCCUGAACAAAAGUUGACAGACAUAUUUAUCAAGACUGUGUAUCGAUACAGCAUCGCAAGAUCACGGCAAUACAUAGCCGAUCGUACACGCACCAACCCAGUCGGCUCAACCCGAGCGCCGGUAAGACGGAAGCGCUUCGGUACCCCCGUCGGCGACCCGAGCAAGUUCGUGAGAAUGUCGACAUUUCGGCAGCACUGGCUAAGACGCGUACACUUUGUGACUUUUCCUGUUCACCAACUCGGGAAUUGGAUACCGGGACUCUUGUCGCAGUGGGCAUGCGCAGGGCGGUUCUGUGGAUAUGAUCAGAUUGCUGUCGAGAAUAGCAAUGGUGACGUUCUCAACGUGUUCCGUCGACUGGACGCGCGCUACUCAUGGCUUCCAACAGUCAACGCGCUGACUGCUAAACACCGCCGGCUCAGAAUCCUCAACAUCAACGACUCCUGUGCAUCAAAAUUCGCUGAAAACCCGCAGGGAAGCCUGGCACUAGUUUCGCUCGAACAGGGCAGUUGUUCUCCUUUUACUAAGAUAAAAAACGCGCAGAAUAACGGGGCCCUUGGCGUCAUGGCCUACGCUCCGCGGAGCGGCCUGGAACGAGACCUUAACUGCAAUGGCAGAGAGUGCGAACAGCAGCUGAACAUCCCCGCGACCUUGAUACAUAGUGCCAGCGGCUUUAGACUGACACAAGUGUCUGGGCUAUACGCUCGGUUCCAGACCACCCCAUCAGACGCGUUUGUGUUUGGCAUAGAUGGCCAGGGACGAGUACAGCAGACAAGCUGGUUUCUGUUCCCGAGCAUGCGUUUUUUGGCUUAUCACGCUCAGUGGUUUGAUUACGUCACGGAAAAUGUGUACAACAAGAGCGGAGACGCACGCGUCAUCAGCGUUUUCAAAGACAAGGAGCUUCGCGGGACCGAAGGGAUCACAAGACAAGUGACUUUACCUCCGUACUACCAACUUCAGCUGUACAGACACGUGGAGCUUGAUAUGUCCGUGUCAUGUCCAGGGACUGGUCCCGACGGAUGCACUCACUGGGAUCACGUGAUUAGGCUGUUUGUCACGUGUGAUGGCAGUGUGACUCGUGGGUCUGAGUUAGGACGCUGGAUAAUGGCGUUUAAAAGAAGAAGCAACUACUGGAUCACACCCAUCUCGUCGCUCCUCCCCCUGAUGAAGUGCCCCUCACCACUAGGCUGCACCUGCAACUUUACUAUCAAUACUGAGGCGUGGGUCAUGCCAUGGACUGUCCGUCUGGACAUUCGACUUUCGGACAAAAUGCAGAAUGGCGCUAACUACACGACGUGGAGAUCUGUGGAGAAAACACUUGUCCCUAUGAGCAAGACAGACUUGUUUACAGGACGCCUGUUCGACGAGAACUACAACAAGCAUUUUGCGAUUGCGAAUAUAAAGAUCCCACCUAGAACGGCACGUGUCAAGCUCGUAGCAGCAAUCACAGGACACGGACGUGACAACAACGACUGCGCAGGUGCCUGCAUUACGUCACACCACUUUGUUGUCAAUGGCAACUAUAGUAACAUGAGAAUUUUCAAGAAUGCUCGCGAUGCCCCGGGUUGUGCGGACCGUAAAGUGAAAGGACGAACGCGGGAGGAUUUUCGUGAUGCGUGGUUGUUUGGUCGCGAGGGAUGGUGUGACGGACAAGAAGUUGUACCGUGGGAGAAAGAUAUCACCGACCAGCUCCGCUAUGGCCAUGGUGCUGCUAAUACAAUAUCUUAUUAUGGAUGGUUUAAUGGUUCGGACCCGAACCCCACCCAAGACCCGGGCAUUAUCCUGAUGUCAAGCUACUUGGUGUACUAUGAGUAUCGGGACUAUGUGUGAAAGGAACUAGGGUCUGCACAUGAGCAUUAGGGCCAAAGAUGGAGUAGAUCUGUGCGGACAAAUACCCGUGUUAGCAGGGCUACAUCCGGGGCUAGGACAGUUGAAUUAUUUAUCCCGCGAGUGUUGUACGGACACAUUGCACGAUGAAAGCUCAACAAAGAGUCGCACUGUUUACGUAUAUGAAAGACUUUAUAGACAUUACUUUCACCCAAAGGUAUAGUUAAUUAUUUAUUGUGUGCCUACUUAAAUAGAAGCUUGUCUGCAAAAACAAAACUAGAAAUAAACGACAUUUUAAAGUAA